GAUUUAUAUAUUGAUACUAUAAACAAUAAUUUUAUUGAGGAUAUAGUCGACGAACCACAAACAAUUUUAAAAACUAUUUUAAGUACUCUUGAGAAUUCACCAUCUCUCACAGCAAUAGAGUCAUCGGCUGAUACUACAAAUGAAAUUAAUUUAGCUCUUCAAAGUUCAAGAAACUUUCAAAGUACUAAUUAUCAAGCAAGUGUCCAGCAAAUUGCUUCUCAAAGAAAUAGAUUCGGGGUUGCAUUCUCAACAGCUAAAACUGCAAUUAAUAUUGCUUUGGAAACUAAAAGUGAUAAUAACAUUAGUAACGAUAAUAAUUCAAAAGAAAUAGAAAGUAGUGAAAUCCAGAACAAAGAUAGUAUUAACACUUUACAGAAAUAUUUAAUUGAUCAGACAAAUGAUCUACAUGUCACUAAAAUUCGAG